GAAUCAAGAAAACCAGAUGCCAAGAAGGUCAAGCAGAAACCAGGGAACAAGAAUAUGGCAGGGGACAAGAGCAAGAAGGAGUCGAAACUGACGAAGGGCGCACGCAGUCGCGCAAGUCGCGCACGCAGCUUCGCAGGCAGCCUCGCGAGGUCUAUGGUAGGAUUACGAUUAAUAUUUGUAAAUUUAUUUGGGAUUGUUCUGACCUGCUACUUGUGAGUGGACUCUGCCUCUUCUAAUGAUGAUAAUACUUGUGAGUGGUCUACUAGUAUGGUAUAUGUGUACUAAAAAAUGAUCCUAGAGAGCUUAGUAAGACCGAUUGGAACCCAGUAGGCACAAAACCUUUUUUCAUGUUCUAUGUUUCCAUGUAGUUUUAUGUUUAUGGUCUUCAUGAUAUAUCACUAUUCAGAAGGAUAAGCUCACGUCGAAGACAGAACCAGACGAGGCGAAUGACGACGAGGCCAACGAGGCCAAGGCGGACGAGCGUGAAAAGGAAAAGCGCGAGGCAGAGGCGAAGGCCAGAGCUUAUGGCUUCCCCUAAUCCAUCUUCGGAAGCAUCGUAGAGACGUUUUCAAGGGGGAAACCGUCUCAGGAUGGACUUGAAGAUGGAUUAGGGUGAGCGCUAAAAAGCGUAUGAAGAAGAGCAGGAGGCGGCAGCGGAAGCCGAAGCAGAGGGAGAGUCUGACUCGGCAGCAUCUGAGCAGAAGCCUACGGCGGGACACGCACACUCACACUUGCUGCAAGCAAAUCAGGCGGUAGGAUUCAUAUUUUUGAGACUGGUGUAGCUCUUCGAUAUUUAGAUUUUUCGUGAAUUUAUUAUGGUGUACGAUUUAUGCGUACAGAAACGUAGUAGAUUAGACGCACAGUGGGACCUGACAUCAUGAAUAGGAGCCACAAAACGUUUUUAUAUCUACAGUAGAUUUAUUUAUUUCCACCAACAUGAUAAUAUUCAUACUCAUAUUAACUACAUUCCUUACCAUUAAAAUCUAAACCAUUGUUCAGGCCGCAAAAGCAGAUCCGGUGCAAGCGGAAAUGGCGAAGCUAGUGAGGGAUGCGGGAGAGCGGAUGGCUGCGAAGGAGGACGGGAAAACGCAGCAGGGGGAUGGGACUGAUGUGGUAAUCAAUAAUGUAAGGUCCGUAACAUUGAACCCUCCAGGUCAGCCUGAACGCUGAUGGAAGAGGUAUCAAUUAAGGCUCAUAAUUCAUCUUGAGAAGGACUUUCACAAAGACCCCUAAGAGAAAAAACCCUUUUCCCCCUUCCUCUUGCUGAACUUACCCCCCGAAUGGGCAAAGUACUACUACUACUACUACUUGAAUUGGGAAGAGCGGCAAAGAUGGCCCGCAAGAUGAAUUAAGGUCUAAGCUCUAAAUCAAAGUGGGGAGCUGAUUGAUAGGGUGAGUCGUCAUUGGCGGCUCUACACUAUCUUAGCGCAUUGCCCAGAGGAGUAGAGCUACCGGAGCAUAGUGUUAGCUAGAGUCUAGAAGACUUCCACAUUGCAGACCACCUGCAUAGACGUCAAGCACACCAGUUCUAGUCAAGUCCACCAGUUGUAGAACUACCGAGAGACAAUCAUAGCACGUCAAGUACACCCCGAGACACAAUCGAUCAUAGUACCUCGUUCCUUCAUAUUUCUAAGAAACCGAAUGAAGGGGUAGUUACUACAGGUAAAUUUUUUCUGUCAGACAGACGAUCACUAUUUAAAGGAUGAAGACAGAGGACGAGGCACUUCUUAUACACGGGACUAGCUACUUUCUCAUUCUCUUUCAACAUUUGUAUUGUAUUUGUACUAUGAAGCAAUACAACCUGAACCCACCAUCUGAAGACUACGAAACGAAUAUUAUCCAUCGGAUUUUCACAACUAUGUAGAAAAUAUUUGUAUUUGGACUGAGAAGAAGAUAGAAACAAAAAUAAAAAAAUGACGCCUCCUCUUGUAUAGCUUGCUACACUCGUACUCCGACAACAGCAUAUUCUACUGUGCAAGUUCUGAGUUCUAGGCUCUGAUAGAUUUUGUUCGUUUUGAGAAGAUAUUAAGUCCUUUGGUCUUCCACGGUCUACCUCAUUGUAUUUGGACUGCAAGCAGACGACCUGUAGCAGAUAUAGAGGCACGACUACGCAUACCUCUCAUUUGGAUACGGAUUAAACAUCAUAUUUUUACGCUAAAUCAAGACUAUGUUGAUCCAUCAACAACGCAUCGAAUUAUACCAGCAACGUAUUGAAAAUACCAAUCAUGCCAAGAACAAGAAGAAGAAGAACAACGUAUUAUUACUAAUGUGAAGAACAACGUAUUGUUAUCAACAUUAUAGCUGCUUGUCUAUCUGCGGCUCCGUCAAUGUACUGACUUUCUUUGCAACAUACCGUAAAGAAUCUCAGAGACUGACUUACACCUCUAUGGGCUGUACAAAAGGUAUAAUUGAUCAGUCACUAUGCUUGCCUUCUUGUUAUGAUAGUGCUAUUUUCCG